GGAGGCCAUGCGGGAAUAUAAAAGCCUCAUCCCACCUGUGCUGCUCUGACAGAAACUCCAGCUCAAAUAUCCUCUCUCCAAGGAGUAGUGCGUACCUUCCAGACACCAUGCUGCUUCACUUAUGUCUCCCCCUGGUGUUGGUGUUUAUCCAGCCCACUCUCUCCACCUACAACUGCUCGUCUGAGUAUGACCGGGUACCAGACAACACUGACAUGAUGGUGGACUGUGGCACCAGCAUGAUCACGCUCGAGGUCAACCUCUGCUCGGCCCAGUGGGCGGGCUUUAAUGCGACGGGCCUGGCACUGAACGGGGAACACAGCAUCCCCGACUGCCAGGGCACCAUCCACACGGACGUGGUCCCUCCUGUGAUCCGCUACCAGCUCCCUGUCAAUCACACACAGGCUAACCUGUGUCGCCAGUCGCUGCAGAUCGUGGAUGAGGCGCCCGACCCUUCGGGGCACUUCGGAGAUUUCUCCACCGUCCAGUCGUUGAUCAUCACCGGCUUUGUGGACACGCCGGGCUCCAGCGAGGGCUUGAUCAGCUACGCCACUGACCUCUACUACCACUUCUCUUGCCGGUACCCGCUGGAGUACCUCCUCAACAACACACAGAUCAUAGCGUCUUCAGUCUCAGUGGCGAACAGGGACAACAACGGAACCUUCAUCGACACCCUGAAGAUGACCGUAUAUAAUGACACAAACUAUAAUCAUCAAUUGCUGGUGCCCGUCAGUGGACUCGAACUGAGAACCAAAAUCUAUGUUGAAGUUGAGGCUGUCAACAUGACUGGGAAUUUCAAUUUGUUUCUGAAUCACUGUUUUGCGACAUCGAGCCCUUAUAACCUAUCCCAAACGGAGCGGCACAACUUCUUCAUUGCCGGCUGCUCUGUGAACCAGAAGGCCGCACUCACCAUCAACGGCGUGGCCAAGAACUCCCGCUUCAACUUUGAGGCGUUCCGCUUCGUGGAGCACCGAGACCAGGAGAAGUCCAGCAUCUACCUCCACUGUAUUCUCCGGCUGUGUGAGCCCACCAAGUGUCAGGAACUGAUCGACGCCUGUACUAGUCGAAGAAGAAGGAGAUGGGCUCGCUCCGUUGAACAGGACACGGAGGAGGUGGCCACAGUGUCCUUUGGUCCGCUCGCCAUGGGCAGAGGAGACUCGUCCCUUGCAGCUGAAGAUGAAGAUGCCGCAAGCCAAUCCCCAGCAGAGGACAGCAGUGUGACAGCAGUGGUGCUGGGGGCGCUGUUUGGAUCUGCUGCUGUCACCUUGGUGAUCCUUGCCAGCUGGAUGGCCGUCAAGAAGUUCUACUACUCAGGGGCGGGCCUUAGUGCUUUUAACUGA